AUGAUCAACCUCGUUCUCGCCCUGGGGCUCAUCCCCGUACUCCUCGUCUUAAGACGGUUCUACCACUCUCACUUCGCGCCCACCUUCUUGGAGAAGCCCGAGGGAGGUGUCCCGCGCCCGCCGCUUGUAGCGGACUGGGUACCGUUUGUGGGGAAUGCAUUGAGCAUGACGAGAGGCGACGCGUUCUGGGCGGGUGUGAUACGGCGGUACGGGCCAGUGGUGAGGGUGAGGGCUAUGGGGGAGGUCAGGACAUUCGUGACUACUCCAGGAUUGAUCAGCUAUGUCUACAAAAACUCGAGGAACUUUGACUUCCUGCACUUCCGACGAUCCAUGUCUAGCCAGAUCUUCGGACAGAACGCGAAUCACGCCCAGUCGGACGCGAUGGACGCCAUCAUCUUUCCCGGACAUCACAAGAACAUGCAGCCGGGCAGUAUCGCCGACCUCAUCCGGAAGUACGCCGAUCACCUAGAGGGCGGAUUGAAGCAGGCGGUUGAGGCAGUGGGGGAUGAGGGCAAGGUGGUGGAUCUUGGGGAUCACAUGUUUGACAUUCUCUACGAGUCCUCCGCCAAAGCUUUCUUUACUCCUUCUUUCCCCGCCGCCGCCUUCAAGCCCUCUUUCAUGGCCUUUGACGCCGCCUUCCCACUCCUCAAUCUCGCUGCGCUCCCCGCUAUCGCCCGGCGUCCCGCCGAGAAGGCGAGAGAUGAGGCCUUGCGGAUCAUCGAAGAAUGGUGGGUCGACAUCUCCGAUGAGGAUAGGCAGCAGCUCGCCCCAAGUAUGCUGGGUAUGGUGGAGGCGUCGGAAGCGGAGGGCUGGCCAUUGAGAGAUAUCGCGGCUUUCUUCUUGUCGGAAAUCUGGGCGCUGGAAGCGAAUGCCCCUUAUGCUGGUAUCUGGGCGGUCGUCGAGCUGCUCCGGAACCCGUCUGCCCUCACCCGCCUCCGAACGGAGAUCACCGACGUCAUCGCCACCCUUUCUCCCCCUACACUCUCCACCCUCCUUCACAAGCCUCAACCAGAACUCCCAGGUCUCUUGCCCUACACAAACGCAGUCUUUCAAGAGACGCUCCGGUACCACGUCGAUACCCUCUCCCUCCGGGUCGUCCAGUCCGAUUGCGUCAUCCCUCCCAAUCUACUCUCUGGCGGAAUUGGCGCCGAGACGGGAUUGAGGCUGCACAAGGGGGAGCAGGUGAUUUGCGCAACAAGAGUACCGAUGGUGAAUGAGGAGGAGUGGGGUGCGGAUGCGGGAAAGUGGAAUCCGGAGAGGUUCAUGAAGGGUGGUGCGGCGGGACGGUCGAUGAACCCGUUCGGGGGUGGAGUGUCCAUGUGCGAAGGUCGCCACUUCGCCUCGGCCGAGAUCCUCACAUUUAUUGCUGCUUUCACGCACCUCUUUGACGCCGACAUACUGAGCGAUACGAUGAAGGCGAACCCGCAGCGGAUCGGCUUGGGCGUACAGCAGCCUAUGGGUGGGGUCACAAGGAUUUAG